GGUUCUGUCAUUUCUUCGUCUUUUCGAAAGUUCAGUGCGAGGAACACAUUGAUUAGCCAGUAGCCAGAAUGAAAGCGCCGUCCCAGUGUAAUGCCGAUAGAAUUAGCAACCUCCCCCACGAUGUGAUGCAGCGCAUUGUCACGUUCUUACCCGUAAAAGAUGCAGCCAAAACAGCUGCACUGUCAAAACAAUGGAGACACAACUGGGGAGCAACUACCCAACUGGUGUUCGAUGCCCAUUUCGGCCGAAUCUCAAAAGAGGGAAACUAUGAUUCGAAUGUGAGUAGGCUGAUGUUGCAGAUUUACAAAGCUUUGCUGGUUCAUGAUGGACCCAUAACCAAGUUCGUGCUUGAAAUCCCUGGAUUAAGGCGGCCUUCUCCUGAUAUCAACCACAUGGUUCAAUUCCUCGCCAAGAAAGGCGUCCACGAACUCACCCUUAUCUUCGACGACGACGAAGUUAACAACGGCCAAACAAAGGUUGGGCGCGAGAUGCCUUCCUCCUUGUUUUCUGCUCGCCAACUCAGCUUUCUGAAAAUGCGGAAUUGUGAUUUUUCUUGGGCACCAUCCUGGUUUCUGGGAUUCACUAAGCUUACCCAUCUUUGGUUAGUAAGCGUGAAUGUGGACUCUAGUUUUUAUGACGAUUUCCUUCCCAAGUGCCCUCUUCUCGAGCACUUGACACUUGGUGUCCGGGACUCGAAUGCGAUCGAGUCUUGUUUGAAGGCUGAAUUGGUAGCUCCUUCUCUGAAAUUUCUUGCAUCCAAUGUGUGGAAUAUCUGCUUCAAGCAUGCCCCGCUUCUUUCAGUGGUCUCUAUCGAACCACUGUACGAGGAUUAUACACAAUGCGACUUUCGUGUGUAUGAUCCGGAUAUUGCAGCUGUAUUUGCUUCUCUCCCUGCAAUCCAGCAUUUAAGUGUUGGCGGGGAAUGGCUGCAGUUCUUUGCCUCAGGUACUAUCCCCUCCAUGCUUCCUACACAUCUUCGUCAACUGACACUCCUCGAAGUGGCCAGCAUUGAACUAAACAGUUCAUUGGAAGCACGCGUUCUUCUUUGUCUAAUCAUGAGUUCCCCCAACUUGCAAAGGCUCCGCAUUUGGGUUGGGUUUAAAUGUCUUAUUGAACCCAGCGAUGCCCACUCCUUUAGGCCAACAAAGUUUAUUGACAGCUUACAGUUACUGAUAGAAGCAGAGGACUUCCCUCCUGCGAGCUAUUUUCAGUGCCUUGAAGAGUUUGACAUGUAUGGCUGUGACGGUGCACAGGUUGAGCUGGACCUGGUGAGGUUAGUUCUAACUUCUGCCCCUCGGCUUCGUCGGGUUUUCCUUACUAUGGAAGAAGAUUUGGACUACCAAGAGGGUUUUGAAUUCUUGACGAAGGUGACACGAUAUAAGCGUGCUUCCACAGAAGCUGAGGUCAUAUGUGUUUGAACAAGGAGGAUUUCUUGGUCAUAGCUCUUUCGACCAGUAAGGCUAGUAGCUUGUAGCUUACUCUCUCCAUCCCUCUGGUUCGUCUUUCACUUAUUUCUUUGACAUUACAGUACAGCUCAUCAUUAUUUCUAAAUGACUUGAGGAUAUGUAAUCAAUGGUUCAAUGUGAUUUUUGGUGAUGAAGGGUUACUGUUUUUUUCUUGUCGUAAGGUUACUGUUACUUGUUUAGCCUUAACAGUUUGUUUGCUGUGAUCAGUUGUUACACCUGGAAUCAGACUUGAUCCCUUAUUGAUAGAGCUGUUAGGUUCUACUACGUUGCAUGAAGAAAACGCUAAAGCCUAAAGGUGUUUUGAAUGGAAGAUUUGUAGAUAGAUGGGAUCUGUAACAUGAAUAGAUUGGACUCCCGAAAUUUUGGAGUAGGUACCAUGGUAGAAUUAAGCAUGUUUCUAGAGAUUUUAAAGUCAUAUACCUGUGAAACGAUCAGGGACUCUAAUGCCUUUAGAAUUGUCAU